AUGAAGACUCCUGAAUCCGUUUUGAAGAAGCAAGCCACUCAAAAGAAGCUUGCUGAUGCUGCUGCCGCCGCCGCUGCUGCCGCCGAAAAGAAGGCUGCGGAAGACGCCAAGAAGUUCGUCGCCAACGCUGAAAAGUACGACGCGGAAUACGCCAAAGCCCAAAGGGAAGCCAUUGACAACCGCCGCAAGGCCAAGGUCGACGGUGGAUUCUUUGUCCCCGCCCAGCCCAAGGUCGCCCUUGUCAUCCGUAUCCGCGGUACCAUCGGUGUCUCCCCCAAGGCGAAGAAGGUCAUGCAACUAUUCCGUCUUCGUCAAUUGCACAAUGCUUCCUUUGUUCGUCUGAACGAAGCUACCAUUCGCAUGUUGCGAUUGAUCGAACCUUACGUCACUUACGGUUACCCCACCAGAGAGACCAUCCAAAAGCUCAUCUGGAAGCGUGGAUUCGGAAAGAUCAACAAGCAACGCAUCCCCAUUGGUGACAACAAGGUUAUUGGAGAGGGACUUGGAAGUGUCGGUAUCGAGUGCGCUGCUGACUUGAUCAACGAGCUUUACACUGUUGGACCCAACUUUAAGGCCGCCAACAACUUCUUGUGGCCUUUCAAGCUAUCCAACCCCAGUGGAGGAUUCUCUUCCAAGACCAAGCUUCUUCACUUUUUGGAAGGAGGAGAAGCUGGUGCUCGUGGAGAAGAAAUCAACAAGCUUGUCAAGAAGAUGAUCUAA